CACUAGUGCUUCCAGACCUCCUAUAAAAAGCAUCGUCUCUCUUGUCUCCCCCUGCCAGAAAUCCCUGGUGAAAGCCUAAAAUGAACAUCCUGCUCAUCUCAUUGCUGGGCUGCCUUGUUGUGGCACCCUCAGCCAGUGCUCAAAAAGUCAAAUGGUGUGUGAAAACACAGAAUGAGCAGAAAAAAUGUGAACACCUUGCCAGCAAAUCAGCAGAUCUUGAGUGUCAUCUCCGACCUUCUAUAACUGAGUGCAUGAAGAGCAUCCAGAAUGGUGAGGCAGAUGCUGUAACUGCAGAUGGAAAAGAUAUUUACUUAGGUGGACUACAUCCUUACGGACUCCGUCCUAUCAUUGCAGAGAAAUAUAAAAAAGAAUGCUGUUAUGCUGUGGCUGUGGUAAAGAGUGACGCUAACUUCAACAUCAAUGAACUCCGUGGAAAGAAGUCCUGCCACAGUUGUUCUCAAAGUUCUGGAGGCUGGAAUAUACCUAUUGGAAGACUGGUUGCAGAAAAAAAGAUUCCCUGGGAAGGUCCUGAUGAUAUGGCUCUUGAGAAGGCUGUGUCACAGUUCUUCUCAAGUAGCUGCUCACAGAGUGAAACGUACUCCAGUGAUAAAGGAGCCUUCCAGUGCUUGAAAAAUGGUAAAGGACAAGUUGCCUUUGUUUGCCACGAUGCAAUCCCAGUGAGUGAGAGACAGGACUACCAGCUGUUGUGCAUGGACGGCAGUAAGAAAAGUGUUGAGGACUACAAGGAUUGCCACCUCGGCAAAGAGCCGGCCCGUGCUGUCAUCGGCCGCAUGGACGCUGAUUCACAGCAGAUUUAUAAAGUCCUUACACAGAUUCCGUAUUCAGAUCUUGUCUCUUCUGACACUGGGGUUAAAGACCUGAUAUUCUCAGACUCUGCAUCUGGCCUGGUGGAGCUCCCAAAGAGCACAGACUCCUUCCUCUACCUGAAAGAAAGUUUUUACAUGGCCAUGCGUGCCCUUAGAGAUGGGAGCCCGCAAGCACCGGCUCCGGAACGUCCCAUUGAAUGGUGUACUAUUGGCCACGCAGAGAAAACGAAGUGUGACAAAGUAAAUUCACUUAUUCCUCGUAUGGAGUGCAGAACUGGAUCAUCUGUGGAAGACUGCAUCAAGAAAGUCAUGCGUGGAGAAGCAGAUGCCCUUGCAGUUGAUGGUGGCCAGGUAUAUAUUGGUGGAAAGUGCGGUCUAGUUCCAGUCAUGGUUGAGCAGUACGAUCAACAAAGCUGUCCCAAUGGUGGAGAGGCCUCAAGUUACUAUGUUGUGGCGGUUGUGCGUAAGGACUCCCGUGUAACGUGGAGUAAACUGCGAGGGAAAAAGUCCUGCCACACUGGCCUGAACCGCAACGCUGGAUGGAAAGUUCCAGAUUCAGUCAUAUGUGGACAAAGUCCUGACUGUACACUAUACAAUUUCUUCAGUGAAGGCUGCGCUCCUGGUGCUGAUCCUGCAUCAAACAUGUGUAAACUGUGUAAAGGAAGUGGGAAGGCAGUGGGAGAUGAGAGCAAGUGCAAAGCCUCUUCUGAGGAGAUGUAUUAUGGCUAUGAUGGGGCUUUCAGGUGUCUUGCAGAAAAAGCUGGUGAAGUUGCUUUUAUCAAGCACACUAUUAUUGGUGAUUACAAAGAAGGUAAAAGACCGGAAUGGGCUAAGGAUCUAAAGGCAGACGACUUUGAACUGAUCUGUCCACAAUCACCAGACAGCACAUUCAAAUACACUGAAUUUGAAGCAUGUAAUCUUGCCAGAGUGCCGGCUCAUGCUGUGAUCACUCGGGAAGAUGUACGCAGUGAUGUGGUGUCUGUUCUGAAGCAGGCUCAAAGCUCUGUUCCAGACCUGUUCAAGUCUGAGGAUGGAAAAAACCUCCUUUUCACAGAUUCCACUAAAUGCCUUCAAGAAAAUACUAAACCUCUGGAGGAAUUCCUGACUAAAACUUACAUGGACAUGAUUGAAAGGACCUACAAGACUGGCACGGGUGAACCAGAUCUGGUGAAGGCAUGCACUUUGGAUAACUGCAUUGUAGGUUGAGUUCCUAACAGAAAUACUCAUCAAAUCUACAGAAUCUGCAUCUCUGAAUCACUCUAUUUCUCCUUAUAAUUUACCAGUAUGAGGGAAACAUGAUGUUCACAUGUUGCAGUAGUGUCAGUACAAAUGCAUAUGAUCAAACAAAGGGCAGCAUUGCUGUUAAAUCUCACUCAAAACAGAGGUGGAUGUGAUUAGGUCUUGUUUUAUUACAACAGGGGUUUAAAUAAAAAAAAAAAUUCUCAAAA